AUGAAUGAGGUAACUCUUAAUUCAAAAAUUUUUAGUGAGAAUAAAGAAAAUAAAAAUAGAGUAAAAGAAAAUAUAAAAUAUAAUAAUGAGAAUAGUAUUAAGGAUGAUAUUCAUAUGGGUCACAUGAAUAAUAGUGUAAAGAAUUUGUAUAACAUAUAUAUGAAUAAUAGUAAUAACAUAGAGACUAUAAAUCACAACCAUAAUAAUAAUGUUAAGAGUAGUAAUAAUAAUCUUAAUAAUGAAUAUAUGUUUAAAUAUUUCAACAAUUAUUUAAAUAAAAGUGGAAAAAAUAAUAUAUGCGAUAUUAAUAAUGAAAAUGUUGAAAGUAAUAAUAAUAUGAACAAAGAUAUGGAAGAAAAAAAAUUUAUAAACAUCAAAAAGUAUAAUAUAAAUGAUAUAAAUGAUACAAAUGAUACUAAUAAUAUAAAUAAUAUAAAUAAUAUAGUUGAUAGAAAUGAUAAAAGUAACAUAAAUCUUCGAAAUAAUAUGAAUGAUACCAACAUCAAUUUUAAUAAGUUAAAUUCUAAUCACCUACAGAAUGGUGAUUAUGCCUUUACAGAUUUUUUAUUAAAUAAUAAAAGUAUAAAUUCACAUAAUAAAGAAAUUAUUCAUACAACCAAUGAUAUUUUAAACGAACAUAUUAUGUCGAGUAAUCUAAAUAAUAGUAUUUCCAAAAGUAAUAAUAAUUAUUAUUUUGGAAAUGAGAAAUAUGAUAAAGAUAAUAAUUAUACACACCAUGAUGAUCAUUUCUAUAAUUCUCCUUCAUAUACAAAUGAAGGUACAAUGUCAAAGUUGAAGAAUAACCCUGUGUUAUUAAGAGAUUCGUGUAAUGAAAAUAUUAAUACUUUUGAUAAUAUAAACAGUAAUGAUAAUAAUAAUGAUAACAAUGAUAAUGAUAAUAAUGAUAAUAAUGAUAAUAAUGAUAAUAAUAAUGAUAACAAUAAUAAUAAUAAUGAUAAUAAUAAUAAUAUAAAUGAACAUACUCAUAUGAAUAGCAACAUUAGCACGAAUGUAUCCGAUAUUACAAUUUUAGAAAAUAAAAAAUUAUUGAAUAUUUUAAAUAUUAAUAAUAAUAUAGAAAACAAUUUUAAUAGUAAUAAUUAUAGUUAUGAUAAAAAUUGUUUGUUUGAAAGUAAGGAUAAAGAUAUGAAUUCCUUAACACCUCAGGAGGAAAUUUGCAAGGUGCAAGACAAAGAAAAUUAUAAAGAUUUUCUUAACGUAAUAAAUAAGAGAAUGAAAAAUUUUACAAAAGAUAAUAAUAGUAAUAAUAUUAAUAUAAAUAAUAUUGAUAAUAAUAAUAAUAAUAAUAAUAAUGUAAAUACAAAAUCUAGUUCAUUUAAUGAUAAAAUACCCAUGGAUAACCAUACGGAUAAUAUUAUGGUUACCAACAACAACAACAAUAAUAAUAAUAAUAAUAAUAGUAGUAGUAGUAAUAAAGCUACGAAUAUAUAUAAAUAUAAUAUUAACCAACACAGUGAUAGUAAUAAAAAUACCAACAAUAUUGUUAAUAUAAAUGAUGAAUAUUAUAAAAAAUUGAUACAAUUAAAAGUGAAAAAUGAAAACGAUGAACAUAAUAAAUUAGAAGGUGAUUAUCCAAAUGAUCAAGUUAUUGGAAAUGUAUUAAAUGAUGAUUGUGAUGAUGAUAAUAAUCAAACACAUCGUCACGAACAUAAUAAUAAUAAUGAUAAUGAUAAUAAUAAUGAUAAUAAUAAUGAUAAUAAUAAUGAUAAUAGUAAUGAUAAUAGUAAUGAUAAUAGUAAUGAUAAUAAUAAUGAUAAUAAUGAUAAUAAUAAUAAUGAUAAUAAUAAUAAUGAUAAUAAUAAUGAUAAUUGUUAUGGUUAUAUUUAUAAAAAUAAAAGUUCUACAUUAGAUGAAUCUUUAAAGCAUCAAGAAGUUAAUACAUCUAUUUUUUCUUAUACUAAUAAAGCAGGUAUUAAUAAUAAUAAUGAUGUUAUUAAUUUCUUCAAUGAUGAUAAUAUUGAGAUGGAAUAUAAAAACAUCUCGUCUUUGUCGUAUAACAAAAAUGUGUGUGAUGCUAGCAGUAAUUAUAAUGAUAAUAUAAAUAAUAAUAUAAAUAAUAAUACAAGUAAUAAUAUAAAUAAUAAUACAAGUAAUUAUACAAAUAAUAAUACAAAUAAUAAUACAAAUAAUAAUACAAAUAAUAAUACAUAUAAUAAUACCCGUGUUAGUAAUAAUAACCAUUGUGAUGAUCAUCACAAUAGUUACGAUACGGAGAAUAUAAACUAUGAAGAUUUAUUAUAUAAUAACAAUUUGAAGAAAAAAAACAGUGAUCAUUUUAUAGACGUAGAAGAAGGAAUACGUGAAUAUAACUAUAAACGUCAUUUAUCGUAUCAAAAAAUUCAAACGAAUGAAAGUGAAGAUAUUAGAAAAAAUAAUGAUAAUUAUUAUAUGAAUAAUUUAAAUAAUGAUAUUUUUUCUUCAAAUCAUGAGAAUAUAAAAACAAAUGAAUCUAAUAAUAAUAUAUCAUCUUUUUAUAAUAAAACAAAUAGUAAUUUUCUUAUUAAUAAUGAUAUAUGUGAUGAUAAUAAAAAGGAUCAGUCAUGUGUGUCCGAAAAGAAUAGACCUAUUUCAUAUAACUCAUAUGAAAAAGAAGAAGAACAAAAUUUAAAGCAUUCAAACAGCUUAGAAAAUAAUUAUAUAAAUGUAGAGAAUGCAAGAAUAAAUAAUUUCUUUUCAUGCAAUUAUACGUUGGACGAAAAAACAAAAAUGAAUAAUAGGAAUACGAAAUAUACAAAUGGUAAUAAUAAUAAUAAUAAUAAUAAUAUUGAUGAUGAUAAAAAUGACCAUGGUGAUGAUAAGAACAACAAUAUUGAUCUUAAUAAUUAUAAAAAACGAAAUAACAGUAAUAAUAAUAGUAAUAAUAUUUACCAUUAUGAUAAUCAUUUUAAUAUUUCAAGUGAUAAUAAAAUAUAUAUGUUCGAUUGUGUAAAGAAAAAUAUAUCUCCUAUUAUGAACAAUGAACGAUAUCCAUAUUAUAGUAAAAUGAAUAAUUCUGUAAGAGAUGAACAUGCUUUUUAUGGCAGUUUCUCAAAUAAAGAAAAAAUGAAUAAUAGAAUAAAGAAUCAUAAAAAUAAUAAUAUGAAUAAAAGUUAUAUAGAUAUCCAUGAUACCGAUACGAAUGAUAAUUUUAUAAGUGACGAUUUUAAUAAUAACAUGGGAGAAGAUAACUAUGUAAAUAAUGUUUAUGAUGAUGAAGACGAUGUUAAUAAUAAUGUGGAUGGUAAUAAUAUGAACAGUAAUAAUAAUAUGAGUGAAUCUAACUCAGUUAAUAUUUCUGUGCAUGAUGUGAAAGAUGUUAAAUAUAAUUCUUCCAUUAAUUUAGAUGAUCAAAAAAAAUGUAUGUCCAACAACUCGUAUCAUGAUAUAAAGGCGAACACAUAUGAAAAGAUUAAUCAUAAUAUAGGUGUGCAUGUACAUAAUAAUAAUCACAAAACGAAUCACGACAAUAUGAAAAAUGGAUUUGAUCAACAGUGUUAUGUUAGUAAUGUUAACAUGGAAUAUAUAAAGGAUAAUAUGAAUAGUGUGAAUAGUGUGAAUAGUGUGAAUAGUGUGAAUAGUGUGAGUAGUGUGAAUGAUGUGAAUGAUGUGAAUAAUAUGAAUAAUAUGAACAACAUAAAUAACAUGAAGAACAUAAAUAACAUGAACAACAUAAAUAACAUGAACAACUUAAAUAACAUGAACAACUUAAAUAACAUGAAUAACUUCAACAAUGUCAACCAUUCGAAUAGUAUGAAAAACAUUGGAGAGUAUAACAUGAAUAAUUAUAAUUUACACAAUAUAAGAAUGAGUAAAGGUGAUGAUAAUAAUACAAACAAAGUAGAUAUAGGAAACCAUCUGAAUAAUUCUCAGAUUAUCGGAAUGAAGAAGAAUGACGUUAUAUACAGUGAUACAAGUAUGAACUAUGAAAAUAUGAAUAAUAAUAUUAAUAAUUAUAAUAUUAAUAAUAGUAAUAAUCAUAAUGAUCUGCUUCCAAAUAAUAUUAACGAUCAGUAUAAUAAUGACUCUUUAAAAUUUAAAAAUAAUUUUAUUAUGUCUAAUAAUUUAUGUGGAAGGACCAAUAUGAAUAAUAUAAACAUCUUAAAUAAUGUAAACAAUUUGAAAGAUAUAAAUACAAUGGACUUAUUAAAUAGUUCAAGGAAGCAUAAUAGUAUGAAAAAUGUUGUAAGUACUAUGGAUAUAUUAAAUAAUGUGCACAAUAUUAAUAAUAUGAAUAGUGUUAAUAAUUGUGUUCGAAAAAAUUCGAUGGUUGGAGAAAGUAAUAUGAAUAGCAUGAAUAAUAUGAAUAGCAUGAAUAAUAUGAAUAGCAUGAAUAAUAUGAAUAGCAUGAAUAAUAUGAAUAGCAUGAAUAAUAUAAAUAGCAUGAAUAAUAUGAAUAGCAUGAAUAAUAUGAAUAGCAUGAAUAAUAUAAAUAACAUGAAUAAUAUAAAUAACAUGAAUAAUAUAAAUAACAUGAAUAAUAUAAAUAACAUGAAUAAUAUAAAUAACAUGAAUAAUAUAAAUAACAUGAAUAAUAUAAAUAACAUGAAUAAGGUUAUGAAAAAUGUAAUAAAUGUAAAUAGUGUGAAUAGUAUUAAUAGUAUGAAUAAUGCAAAAGUUGUGAAUAGUUUUAAUAACCUUAACAACAUCAAUAGCAUAAAUAGCUUUAUGAAGAAAAAUAAAAAUUUGGAAAAUGACGUCCUUAAAAAUAUGAAUUCAAUGAAUAAUACAAUAAAAAGUAUAAACGUUAUACAUAAUAACAUAACAUGUAAUAAAAAUGGAAACAAUUUACAAAUAUUAAAAAAUAACAAUAUAGUUCAUUCAUUUGCUCAUAAUCCUACAAAAUUAUUAAUUAAUAAACAAAACAUGGCAUCUAAUAAGUGUAUGAACAUAAAAAUGAAGAGUAUAAAUAAUAAUCAUCAUCUUGUUGAUUGUAACAACAGAUCAUUGAUGAAUAAAAAUGUAAUGGAUUUUGCACAUAUGAAAGAUAAUAAAAAUUAUCAAACAAUAAGUCCAAAUAAUAAUUUAGCCUAUAGGAAAAAUAUUACAUCCAAUGAAAGUAGUAAUAUGAAUAAUAUGAAUGGUGUGAAUAAUAUAAAUAGUGUGAAUAAUAUAAAUAGUGUGAAUAAUAUGAAUGGUGUGAAUAAUAUAAAUAGUAUGAAUAAUAUAAAUAGUAUGAAUAAUAUAAAUAGUGUGAAUAAUAUAAAUAGUGUGAAUAAUAUAAAUAGUAUGAAUAAUAUAAAUAGUGUGAAUAAUAUAAAUAGUAUGAAUAAUAUAAAUAACAUAAAUAAUAAUGUAAAGGUUAGUGAUCGAUUUAAUGGUUUCCUAACAAAUAAUAAGAAACCAGUAAUACCAAAUAUGCUAAAUAUUUUAAAUAAAGAAUAUGGAGAGAAUAAAUUAUUGAGUAAUGAUAACAUGGAAAACAUUAUUCAUAGUAAUAAUAAUAUAAAUGGAUUUAUGAAAAAUGAAUCAAGUGUAAAGCAAACCAUGAACCAAUCAUUGAAUCAUUCGUUGAAUCAAUCAUUGAAUCAAAUGGAAGAAAGACGAGGGAGCAUGCUGAAUGAUCAACAUGAUAAUAAUGUGGAUUUUUUAAAUAUGAAAAAAAACUCUCUUCAUAUAUCGAUUCCAAAUAAUAAUAUAAAAAUGAAUGAAAAUGAUUAUGUGAAUAAACAUAAUUUUAAUUUAGGAGUUGUUACUAACAAUAAAAGAAAUAAUUUCCUUAAGGAUAGUAUGACAAAUAUAAUGUUAAAUAAAAAUAUAAACAAUUUUAUAAAUAAUAACCGAACCAAUAUACCAAACAAUAUGAAUUCGUUCAUAUCAAAUGUUGGUAUUCCAACAAAUGUUUCAAAUAAUACAAAUGUAAAAAAAAAUGAAUAUACUUUUAAUAAUAUGAUGAAUAUUCCUGUGGAAAAUAAAAUAAAUAAUAUGAGGGAUUCUAUAAAUACAUACAGUAAAGACAAUGUGAAUGAUAAUAUGUAUUCUCUUCCAAAUAAUAAUGUUACUCAAGCGAACAAUAAUAUGAACAAUAAUAACAUUAUCACAAAUAAAAUGAAAGUUAAUAAAGAUUCGUAUACUUAUACACAUGGAAAAAACGGCAUAACAAUUUCUUCUCAUAUGAUCUUAUCAAACCAAAAGGUGAAUGAAGAUAAGCGUCCAAAUGUAAUAAUAGAAACGAAUAUGUACAACAAUAAUGUGAAUAAUAUGAAUAAUAUGAAUAAUUUGAAUAAUGUGAAUAAUGUGAAUAAUAUGAAUAAUAUGAAUAAUGUAAAUAGUUUAAACAAUGUAAAUAGUUUAAACAAUGUAAAUAGUUUAAACCAUAUGAAUUGUUUAAACCAUAUGAAUAGCAUAAACCAUAUGAAUAGUUUAAACCAUAUGAAUAGUAUAAACCAUAUGAACAAAAAUAAUAUUAAUAGUGUUAGUACCUUUGUUAAGCACUCUCUACAUUUAAACAAUAAGAACGAUUUUAAUAAAAAUGUACCAGAUGAAUCCUUCCAAGUAAAUAAAAAUACGUACAUUAAUAAUGGGAAUAAUAAUUAUUUAGAAAACGUUAGAAAUGCUCAUAAUAAUUAUAAUAGUUAUAGCAAUAUUCCUAAUAAUAACAUGAAAGAAAAUUAUUACCACAAUAAUCUGAACAUUGCUUCGAAUAAUAAAAACAUACCAAAUAAUAGUUUGAAUAACAAUUGUAUGUAUAAUAAAAAUGAAAAACUACAUGAUAUAAAUAAUAACAAAAUGGAUUUUUUAAAAUGUCAUGUGGAUGAUCGAUUAAGUAUGGGAGGUGAUACAAUGAAUAAUGCUGCUCAUCCUUAUAAAAAUAAUGUACUUAUGAAUCCAAAUAGAAAGACUAGAAAUUCAAAAAAUGAAGAGAUAUUAAAUUUUAUAGAAGAUAAUGGAAAUAUGAAUGAUAGGAUAAUGUCAGAUGUACAUAUGGAUGAUCAAAUAAAUGAAAGAAGAUUUAUAAAUAAAGAUAAUUUAAUAAUAAAAUGUGAAAGUAAUCAUGAUAUAAAUUAUAUAGAUAAAAAUCAAAAAAUUGAAAGUGGAAAAAUAAUGGAUAAUAUGAAUAAUAUGAAAAAUAAUACAUUUUAUCAAAAUAAUAAAAUUAUACCAAAAAAUUAUGUUUAUAAUAAUAAUAAAAACAUUGGUGAUAUUAAUAAUGUAGUAUUAAUGAAGGCAUCCUUAAAUUAUAAGGGUAUUAUAAAUGCUGAUAAAAAAAUGGAACAAGCUAAUAAAAAUUAUGUAGAAAAUAAUAUUGAUAUAUCUAACCUAAAUUCCCCAACAAUUCUUAAUCAUAAUAUACAAAGUAGUAUUAACGUUCCUGUUAAAUAUAAUCCGGAGGUCGUUAUAAAUAAUGAACUUCACAAGAGUAUGAAGUAUAUGAGCAGUAUAGAUAAUAAUAGUAAAAACAGUAAUAAUAUUAAUGGUAAUAGUAAUAAUAAUAAUAAUAAUAAUAAUAAUAAUAAUAAUAAUAACAAUAAUAAUAACAAUAAUAAUAAUAACAAUAAUAAUAAUAACAAUAAUAAUAAUAACAAUAAUAAUAAUAUUAAUAGUAUUAGUAAUAAUUAUUAUAAUCAUGAACUUCAAGGUGGAAACAGAAUUAUGUCAUCCUAUAACUCAAACGAGAAUAUGAAAAAUAUAAACGUCAAAAAUAGUAAUAAUAAUAAUAAUAAUAAUAAUAUUAUUAAUGGUGUGAAAAAUAUGCACAAUAAUAAUCUGAUAUGCUAUCGAAAUAUGGACUGUCAUAAUUAUAUUAUAAACCAACACAGUAAUAGUAUCCCAGAAAAAUAUAGCAAAAGCAAACAAGCCAUUGGAAAUUACAAUAUGAAGAAUAAAAAUUUCCCAAAUAUCCUUGAAAAUAUUGGUGCAUGCAAUAACCAUUUAGGAAAAGGGUUUUAUGUUAACAAACACAAUCAUAUUAAUGAUAAUAAACAAAAUUCAUAUGAUGUAGAACAAGGGAAUUAUAAAUAUAUUUCGAACAGUAGUGAUUUAACAAAAAAGAAAAAAAAGAAUCAUGAAAAUAUGUUUAGAAUGUCGAAAAGUCAAUUAUUAAGUUUAGAAAGUGAUAUAAGAUAUUUACAAUCCUUAACUUCAUAUAUUAUUAAACCAAAAGAUUUAUAUUUUGAAACUUUUGAAGAAAUCGAUGUUUUUUCAUACGAUAAAAAUGAUGAAUAUAUAAAUAACAUCCUUAAUAAUAAUAAUAAUAAUAAUAAUAAUAUUAGUGAUAAUAAUUUCUUGAACUCAGAUGGUAUACAUAUUCUAAAUGAUGGUUCAGUGAAAGAUUUUGGAUUAAAUGGAUGUAAAAUUACGAAUAAAGAUUUUUUCAAUGGAAAAAUGAAAAGGGAAAUAAGAAAAACGAAAUAUUAUACAAACAAAUAUAGUAAUAAAUUAAAAUAUACUGUAAUUGAAGAAGGAUCAUUUGGUGUUGUAUAUAAAGGAUGGUAUAAAGGCAUGCAUGUAGCUGUUAAAGUACCAGUAGAUAAGAUGGCUAGACAAGAUCCAUAUGGAUUAACAAAAAGAUCAAUAAAUGAAUGGAAAAUCUUAGCAAAAUGUGAUCACCCUAAUAUUAUUAAAUUAUGUGGUGGUAUUAUACAUAGUUAUUUUGAUAUUUGGUUAGUUACAAAAUUAGUAAAUGGUUUGGAUUUACAUACCAUAAAAAAUAAUAUGAAUAAAGAUGAAAAGGUUCUUGGUAUAGAUAUAUCAUUAAAAAUGUGUAGACAACUAGCUGAAGUAAUUAAUUUUUUACAUACACCUAUUAAAAAUAAAAAAAAUGUAAUUAUACAUAGAGAUAUUAAACCAGAAAAUCUAAUUAUUGAUAGUGAUUGGAAUAUACAUUUAUGUGAUUUUGGUGAUGCAGAAGAAUGUGAAGAUGGUAUUGUUACCAAUGUAUCUGGAGCAACCUGGAUAUAUGCUCCACCUGAAUUAUUAACAUGCCAUCCAUUAAAACAAAGUAGUGAUUAUAAUUUCUUAGAUCAUACAAAAUUAUCAUAUAAAUGGGAUAUAUGGUCUAUGGGAUGUGUAUUCCAAGAAAUGAUGAACUUACCAUCACCUUUUCAACAUUAUAUUAUAACAUUUGAUGAAUCAGACCAAAUUUAUGAAAAGCUAGUUGAUGUAUUUACAAAAAAAUUACCUCCUUGUAUACAUUCCAAAAUUGAAAAUUCCCCAUUUGCUGAUAUAAUUAGAUUAUGUCUAAAUUAUGAUCCUAACUUAAGACCAACAGCAUCAGAAAUUGUUCAGCUCUUGAACCAGCCAGAUGAAUAUUUACUUCUAAAGAGAAAAUAA